UCGAAAAAAAAAAAAACUCUCAUUGGGGUUCGCUUGAAUUUUAUUUUAUACUUGGGUAAAAUUAUGAAGGUGACCGUUGUCUCUCGUAGCGGCCGAGAGCUCGUCAAGGGCGGGGUUGAGCUCAAUGAUUCGGCUACUGUCAGCGACUUGCAGGAGGAGAUUCAUGCUAGAACAAAAAAAUUCUAUCCUUCUAGGCAGCGUCUCACCCUUCCCCUGCAACCUGGAACCCAGGGCAAACCUGUGGUCCUCAGUCCAAAGAAAGCUCUCAAAGACUAUUGUGACGCAAGUUCAAACAACCUCACCGUAGUAUUCAAGGAUUUAGGUGUGCAAGUGUAUUAUAGCACCUUAUUCUUUUUCGAGUACCUGGGUCCUUUAGUUAUAUACCCUAUUUUUUACUACUUCCCGGUGUACAAGUACUUUGGUUACAAAGGGGAGCGAGUGAUUCAUCCAGUCCAGACUUACGCUAUGUAUUACUGGUGUUUUCACUACUUCAAAAGGAUUAUGGAGACAUUCUUUGUGCAUAGAUUCAGUCAUGCAACUUCACCUCUCUCCAAUGUGUUCAGAAACUGUGCUUAUUAUUGGACAUUUGGGGCAUACAUUGCUUACUAUGUGAACCACCCACUUUAUACCCCUGUGAAUGAUCUGCAAAUGAAAAUUGGGUUUGGCUUUGGAUUGAUCUGCCAAGUUUCAAACUUGUAUUGCCAUCUUAUUUUGAGGAACCUUAGAAGCCCAGAUGGAAAUGGUGGGUAUCAAAUUCCUCGUGGGUUUUUGUUCAACAUUGUGACAUGUGCAAACUACACAACCGAGAUUUACCAGUGGCUAGGCUUCAAUGUUGCAACACAGACGGUAGCUGGUUAUGUUUUCCUUCUUGUGGCUGCUUCCAUUAUGACUAAUUGGGCCUUUGCUAAGCACCGCAGGUUGAAGAAGUUGUUCAAUGGCAAAGAUGGAAGACCUAGAUAUCCACGACGAUGGGUGAUUCUUCCUCCUUUCAUCUAAGGAGUAAAAAAGGUCUGCUGAUCCAGGGGUUGAUCAAAAUUUGCAAAACCUUGUUUACUGUAGCACUUUGCUCUGUACUACAAUUAUUCGGAUUGUAUUAAGUAGCAUGCAAAUGCGCACGUUUCAGUUUGGUAUUCUUGUCAGAUCAAGUUAAUCAAUUAUGAAGUUUCUAGACUAAUUCUCUGAAA